CCAUAGACUCAACCCAUGGGAAGAAAUAUUUGAAGUCACAAACAUGAUUUUCAAUUUUAAAUUGUUAUUUUUCGUUCUUGCUCUGUUUUGUGCGCUUGCAACGGCCGUGGACGACUUGAAGGAUGACGUGGACCGAGGCGCCAGCGACCGCGGCACCCUCUGGUUUGGCCCGCGACUCGGCAAGCGCUCCUUGAGGAUAUCAAAUGAUGACAACAAGCAAACUUUUUUGAGGCUUCUUGAAGCUGCCGACGCCUUGAAAUUCUACUACGAUCAGCUCCCCUUCUACGAAAGCCAGGCCGACGAUCCGGAGACCCGUGUGACAAAAAAAGUAGUCUUCACUCCGAAACUCGGCCGCAGCAUCGACGUCUACCCUGAAAAACGCACGUUCGAGAACGUAGAAUUCACGCCGCGGCUGGGAAGAAGGUUGCCUGAGAAAGUGCCUGUCACGCCAUCUGAUUCUCAUGACGAAGUGUAUAGUUUCAAACCAGACAUGGAAGAGAUCAUUUCCCGGCACAACUACUUCUCACCGCGACUCGGCAGAACCCUCAACUUCUCUCCUAGACUGGGGAGGGAACUAGACGCUUCGUAUGACAUUUACCCAGAGAAGAUACGGCUAGCACGAAGCGCUAACUUGACGAAAACAUAACGCGAUGACCUUAUACUAUAAAUCUUUACCGUUUUAACUGAUGUUUGACGAUACCUCUGUAAUUUUAAUACGAUAUUGUUUAUGAAAGGGUAGUUUUUAAAUAACGAUGCCAUUUUGUAUUUGAAGAAUGGACCAAAGACUUUUAAGCACGGAUUUUGAAAUGACACUCAUGCUCAAGAAAAAGUUGAAGCACGCUUUUGGUUCAAAAAUACUAUAAUAUUAACCAAUCAUAGGAUACAUGAUUGAGUUUCAAUCAGUGAGGUUUAUAGAUACUUACAUUAGUAAUCGGUAAAUAAAUGCAGUCUAAAAAACCACUCUAUCUAGGCAAGUUACCAAGGAUAUCAACGCUAAAACCGAAAGAGCGCUGAAGUCUAAAGUCUGGAUGAGGUAAGGAGAAAGAAUGCUGCAGAGUUUAGCCCAACCUUGGACAAGGAAUGGGAUAAAGUGAAAUCAAGCUGAUGAAGUGGUUUUUUUUUUUUUUUUAUGUGAUAGGAGGCAAACGAGCAGACGGAUCACCUGAUGUUAAAUGAUUACCGUCGCCCAUAGACACCCGCAGACCCAGGGGCGUUACAGGUGCGUUGCCGGCCUUUAAGGUAAAGAUACGCUCUCCUCUUGAAAGCUUGCAGGUCGUAUCCGUCCGGAAACACCGCAGACGACAGACAGGUUUGACUGCCAAAGUCACGUGAUCGUCACAAACUGUAUAGAUUCUGCAGUUUGCCUAAAACUAGUUUCUAGUUCAUUCUAUUAUAUUUGUGUAUGAAAAUAGGAGUCUUUAUAGGCUGGGGACUCCUAAGCUGAACACUUAGAGCUUGUAGAUUUGUGUUUAAAUUUACUAGUUACGCUCAAAUCUCGAUUUAAUUUGAUUGUUUGUAAAGGCAAAAAGUUAAAAACCAAAGGCUGUAAUUUGUUCUUGAGCAAAGAUUCUAUGUUAGUGUCAUUUCAUAAUACCCCUACCUCUUUUUCUUCUUCAAGCAAUCUAUUAAAAUUGGUCUCUUGUAUUCGUUCGACUUGCUAUUGACCCGUCUCAUGCUCUAAGAGCUUCUUGAAAUGACCGUUUUUCAAACUAGAUACU